GGAACAUUUUUGACGUUUCAACGUCAUCCAAUUAUCAAAUUUUAAGCCAACACUUGUGAUACGAAAGUGAUAAUAUUAAUAAUCAAAAUUUGAUAGGAGACACAAACAUUUAGCGAAUUUCUUCAAAAUGAUGGACGGAUUCGAUGAAUCUACUAGUUCACCGAAGGGUGAUCAAAGUAUGUUGGACACAACGCCUACACAAGAAACAAGUAACAUUCCACUAGGUGAUAAUUGCUUAGCCGUUGACAUAUCGGACGCUUUAAGCGAAAAAGACAAGGUCAAGUUCACCGUACACACGCGCACAUCUUUACCCGGCUAUGCCAAAUCCGAUUUUUUGGUGGUUCGCCAGCAUGAAGAGUUUGUGUGGCUGCACGAUCGCUUCGAGGAGAAUGAUGAAUACGGCGGAUACAUUAUCCCACCGUGUCCACCGCGUCCAGACUUUGAUGCGUCACGGGAAAAAUUGCAACGUUUGGGUGAGGGAGAGGGGAACAUGACAAAAGAAGAAUUCAAGAAAAUGAAACAGGAACUGGAAGCCGAAUACCUAGCCACAUUCAAGAAAACGGUUGCAAUGCAUGAAGUAUUUCUGUCACGGCUGGCAUCCCAUCCGGUGUUCCGCAACGAUCACCAUCUGAAAGUCUUUCUGGAAUACGAUCAGGACCUGUGCGCUCGGCCACGAAAGAAAUUGGAUCUGUUCGGCGGUUUGGUGCGCAAUUUCGGCAAGACCACCGACGAAAUUUACCUGGGAGCGACGAUACGCGACGUGAACGAUUUCUUCGAAAAUGAGUUGCAAUUUUUGACGGAAUACAAUUCGCAUUUGAAAGAGGCGGCCGGCCGAACGGAACGAAUGACAAAGAAGCAUAAAGAGGUGGCCGACUCACACAUCAAAAUUUCGUCCAGCCUGAUGCAGCUGUCGACCAUCGAGCAUGGGAGCAUGGAGAAAUUUUUGGCAAAGACGUCGGAAGUGUUCGAGAAAAUUCGGAACAUGGAGGGCAGAGUCUCAAGCGAUCAAGACCUUAAAUUGGGCGACACGUUACGAUAUUAUCAACGAGAUUCGCAUGCAGCCAAAGCACUGUUGGUACGACGACUACGUUGCUUAUCGGCAUACGAGACGGCCAAUCGUAAUUUGGAGAAGGCUCGUGUCAAGAACAAAGAUGUCCAUGGGCCGUUGGAAGUGCAAGAGGCAGAAAAGGCUCAAACCGAAGCAUGCGAAAAGUUCGAAGCAAUGUCGGCCCGAGGCAAACAAGAGCUGGUCGGUUUCCGUGUUCGACGAGUAGCGGCUUUUAAGAAGAGUCUCGUUGAACUGGCCGAAUUGGAGGUGAAACAUGCCAAGUCACAGUACGAGUUUUUGCGUCAAUCGUUAAUAUCGCUGCAAGAAAUUGCAUAGACAUGUGAGCGGGCUUUGUUCUUUUUAACCGAGAAAUAUGUUCAGAUAUACCACCAGACUAGACGCCGUCGACUGAUUUAAAACAAACAAAUUUUUAACAAUUUUGCGGAUAUGAAAAUGUUUUGUAUGGUCAGUGUCUUAUACAAAGAAAACAAAGAGGAAAAAUCUGUAUUUUGAAUGAGUUGCAUUUAAUCCAAAAAAAAAAAAAUAAUUUCUUCUUUUAGGAACGAAAAAGUUUAAAAAAAAUUUAUGAAAAACUUUGCAAAAUGAGUUUUUUGUUUGUAAAAAUAAUUUUUUAUUAUCAUCCCCCUAUUAUUACGUAUAUAUUGUAUACUACUAUACUCUAUCCAUACACACACACAUUAUUAUACAUUAUAUAUUACACUUGAAUAAAGAAAUUAUUCAGUUGUCACACUGA